CCUCUGGGUGCUCUACUCAGUUGCUCUCUGAGCAGCUGAGAAACCCGUACACAUCACUCUUUCCUUUGCCCCAGGAGACACCAUCUUCUUCCCCCGGCAGACAGAUUUUGUGAGCUGUUUUUCUCUUCUCAUAACUCCUGUAUUUUCAUGAAGAGAUUAAAAAACAUUGUGAGAGGCUGCCUAGAACAGGAAGGUGCUCCACAGUGCGUGUAGACCUUGAAUUGAAAGAUCCUCCAGCGCCCACCAGGAGUGUGAAGCCGCACAGGGCCUCCAGGGUGCCCGGAUCUUAGCUUAGAAACACCAGCACCAUCUCCCUCUGCCUGUGUCUGUAGCUGGCUGCACGUGCUCCUUUCUACCCUAUCUAAUCUAGAUCUUUGAGGUGGGAAGACCACCUUUAAUCUGGGCCACACCUUCAGUUGGCAUCCUGUAUAAAGAACAUGGAAGGAAGCUAGGAAGUCAUUCUCCGGUGGAUCCCUUACCUGGUACAGGAGAAACAAAAGAUGGAAAUGCUUCAGAAAGGUGUAAACAGUUCCUUGCCCACAGGCAGAAAGAAAGAUUCCUGCACCCCAGGAUCACCGCCGCUGAGGAUCCUCCUGGUGGGCAAAUCUGGCUGUGGGAAAAGUGCCACAGGGAACAGCAUCCUCUGCCGACAAGCAUUCGAGUCCAGGCUCAGAGCCCAGUCGGUGACCAGGACCAGCCAGGCAGAGAUAGGCACAUGGGAGGGAAGGAGCUUCCUAGUGGUAGACACACCCCCCAUCUUUGAGUCAAAGGCUCAGAACCAAGACAUGGACAAGGACAUUGGAGACUGCUACCUGCUGUGUGCCCCAGGACCCCAUGUGCUGCUGCUGGUGACCCAGCUGGGACGCUUCACAGCCCAGGACACCAUGGCCGUGAGGAGGGUGAAGGAGAUCUUUGGGGCAGGAGUCAUGAAGCACAUGAUCAUCCUCUUCACCCACAAGGAAGACCUGACAGAUGAGACCUUGGAUGGGUUUGUGACCCACACUGACAACCACAGCCUGCGCAGCCUGGUCCAGGAGUGUGGGAGGAGGUACUGUGCCUUUAAUAACAGGGCCUCAGGGGAAGAGCAGCAGGGACAGUUGGCAGAGCUCAUGACUGUGGUGAGGAGGCUGGAGCAGGAGUGUGAGGGCUCUUUCUACAGCAACGACCUCUUCCUUCAGGCCCAUGAGCUCCUUAAUGGCAGCUACAGUGAGGAUCAGGAAGCCUAUAGGUGCUACCUGUUGAAGGUGAGGCAGGAGGUGGAGAGGCAGAAGCGCAAGCUGGAGGAGCAGGAGGGCAGCUGGGUUCUCAAGGUGCUCCUCAGAGGCAAAGAGUGGGUGGCUUUGCACCAUGGAAUUUGUGCUAGUUUUGUGUUGGGCAUAGCAAUCCUCAUUGUUAUUUUUCUGCUCAUAUUUUACAAUGUUUGACACUUUGCACUUGAGGGAAGUUUCUAAAGCACCAUGUUGGGAUUCAUUUUGAUGAAAACAUCACCUUCAGAAAACCACUCUCUGAUCUGUGAGACUGCUAAUCUGGGUCUCUUCUGUUUCCCCUUUAGGAUUCUAGUUUAGAUUAGGCAGAGCUCCGAGCCCAGGAGUCCUGCAGAGAAGGCGUGGGAACCAGAUUAGAGGAACCAGAAGGUCAGGGGCACCACAAGAGAGACCACAGUCCACAGAAUCAACUGACCCAGAAUCAACUUACAGAGAUCAGGGAGCCUGUAGGGGUCUAACCUACAUCCUCUGCAUAUAUAUAUAUAUUAGGCAACUAUAUUGUACUAAGAGAGUCAAUUUCCUCCAAGGAUGAACUCCCCAAUAGGUUAUGCAAUCCCAUGUGGUCAUCCCUAAACACAUAUACAUAUUAGGCAUACUAAAUGAAUCAGCAGGUAGUAUUUAUGUGUACAUAUGUGCACAUAUGGGCAUAUGUGUAUAAUAAUUAGAAGAUAAGAAGUCAUGAGGUUGAGAGGGAAUAGGGAAGACAUGGGAGGAGUUGGGGGGGAUAGAAAUGAUGUAACUAUAGUUGCCAUUCUCGAAAUUCUCAAAAAAUAAAAUAAAUGUAAAAAGGUUCCACUGUGCAUGUAUAUCAUCAUAUAUUAUCAUAUAUAUUUUAUAUAUGAUAUAAUCACAUUUUAUUUAUCCAUUCUCCCAUUUUACAUCACCUGGGUUGUUCCAUAAUUGAGCUGUUGUUAACAGUGCUGCCAUAAACACUGAUGUGUGGUU